CGCCACCGUCGAACCUCCAUCUCAAUCGCGCCGACUAGCUCACGUCUGGUGCCUUUUUGGAUCAGCCAUCGCUCUUUCCUCGCGUGGUCUCCCCUUCUUAACCUUCCUUUAUACACUACCGCUACCAGUCGCUCCUUCCGAUUCUGCUCAGCACAAGGUCGCAACUUCCUCUCUUCUUACCACGGUGGAAAAGGGAAGUCGCGUCCUGCCUGGAUAAUAGAAAUACUCAGGAACUCGCCCUCGACGGGCCAUCAAAGUACUGGAGCGAGGCGCCGACGUCGCGUCGCCGCAAAGCAACACUCAACGGAUCACCCGACCGGGGCGAAGAAUCGAAUAACGGGAAAAGGCCAACCAUGGCUAGUCAGCGGAAGAGGGUGGAGCGCGGCCGAGGUGGCGGGAAUGGCCACGAUGGUAAUGCCGAGCUGUCCAUCUGGGAGAGCUGCCAAGAUACCAUGAAGUCGAUGCUCACUCUCGUUGCGCGCAUGGAAGAGGGCAAGAAAGAGAUCUUGCUCAUGGAAGCUGGGUUCAAAGAGCGCGAAAUCCUCGGUGACCCCCCAUCCGUCCUAGAACUCGACUCCCUCUCAUCCCUACAAAGAGAACAAGUCAAGCUCUCAGAACAAAUUCUCGCAGCCGGCAAAACAGGCGACACACCCCUCAUCGAGCGCCUCAAAGUCCUCCGCGGCCUACAAUCCCACAACGAAGGCGCCUCCUCCGAACCCAGCCGUCGCGGCGGCGCUUCCCGCGAUAAAUCCUCCAUGGACCUCGACGUCGCCUCCGAGUCCCCCGCACCCUCUCCCAUGGUACUCGACAAGCCGAGCCGAAAAAACCGCGACUUAGGCUCUACAAGCCGCAGCAGCCAGCCCCCAAAGGAGAGCACCACCAGCAAGGACGCGCCCGCGCACACCCCGAGCUACGAGAUCGACGCCAAGGGCAAGGUGACGUUCAAUCUUCGCGCCGAGGUGGCCUUCCGCCCACGGCCCCAGGACCCCAACGUCGAAACAGAGUGGAUCCAGGGCGUCGUCGUGAAGAUCAUAGGCGAAGGCAAGAGCCGCCGCUACGACGUGCAGGACCCGGAGCCGGACGAGGUCACCAACCGUCCCGGCGCGAUCCACAAGUCCUCGGCUGCGCGCAUGGUGCCCAUCCCCGAGCUGGGACAGUCGCUGCCGGAUUAUCCGCAGGGCAAGGCCGUGCUGGCGCGCUACCCGGAUACGACUACGUUCUACAAGGCCGAGGUCGUGGCGAUGAAUGGGAAGUUUGUUAAGCUGAGGUUUGAGGGCGAGGAGGACGAGCAGGUUACUAUGGAGGUUGAUCGCCGCUUCGUGCUCGAUCAUCGCGGGGAUAAUAAGGGAUGAUUGGGGCGCCUGCCUACCUUUCAUAUUUGUUUUUGUACGUGCGUGCAGCUUGCCAUACGGCAGUUUUCUAUGAGGUGUCUGGCUUUUCAUUGGGAAUACCCCCCGGGCCGCCGGUUGAGGCGUUGUGGGAUUUGGGGUUGGAGUCAUGUUUCGAGUGGGAUUUCUGGGUAUCAAUUAUCAUGGGAUGGGAUAUACGAAAAUUGGGCAUGGGAUGGUGUUAUUUGGGAGUCGUAGCUUUAAUAUAUAUGUUCACAUGAUGAUGUUAUGUAUCG